UUUUUAAUAAAAGUAUUUGUAGUUACUAUAUGAAAUACGAUUGGUAAAUACAUAGCUAGAAUCAAAUGGUUAGAAUGUUGGUUUGUGAAAAAAUUGCAAUGUCUAUGGAAAGUAAGAAUGUUGGCGCAGGCAGUCGUACCUGGGCAGAAGAAGUUGAUGCGGAUUCUAAAGGAACAGUUAAUAGCAGCCUGUCAGAAGCAAAUGAUUCACGCCGCGACAUUUCGUUAGAAUUUUUGGAUGGUGUAAAUGAACAAAAAUUCGAGAAGCUUGUUAAAGAGGAGAAAUUAAAGACACCAUUCAAGAGGCGUCAUUCGCAAACUCCCAGCAUUGAAAGCCGUUCGAAUAGCCCAAACAGCAGCUGCGGAAGUAGCAGCAAUGAAUGCGAUAAUAGUGGUCGCUAUUUCAACAGUCGGAAAAAUGAGAAGCGUCCUAGACAAAAUAGCUUCACUUCAUCAUCUUCUUCGUCAUCUUCAUAUGCUGAAUCGGAUCCAUCGAUUCUUUCAAGGCGCCAAAAACAAAUUGAUUAUGGUAAAAAUACAGUGGCCUAUGAACGUUACAUAGAAACUGUGCCACGAACUGAAAGAACCCGUGAUCAUCCCCGUACGCCAAAUAAAUAUGGAAAAUACAGCCGACGUGCAUUUGAUGGUCUUAUAAAAAUAUGGCGUAAGCAAUUGCACUACUAUGAUCCACCAAAUAAAAAUGCAACUCAAAAUAAUUCUAGCUCUGAUUCGGAUUCCGAAUAGUAUUUACCAAAACUCUCUUGUUUAAUGCUAGUAGUAAACUCGUCGAUACUAUAAAAUUCCUGUUCAAUAAUUAUUUAAGCCUUAAGUACACGAUGAGUAAGCCAGUUUAUUUUUGCAUUGUUCAAUUUAUGUAAUCGUUGCAAACAACUUGUUAAUUUAUAUCAACAUUAAUAUUGAAUUGAUUUUUAAUGGAGUUAUUCUUUUAUACCUAUUUUUACUUGUUAAAAGUUUAUGAUUUUAACAAAAUCUUAGAAUAUCAUUUUACUGGAUUCUUGUAAAAAUAUAUAUACCAAUAUAAUAUAAACGUUAAAGCGUAAAAAAUGAAAUUUAAUAAAGCAUACAUUUCCCUCA